AUGAUUGACCAUUGGAACGCCGAGGACAAGGAAUUACUGGACAUUCUGCUUAUGAAAGAGCCAACCGAGGAGAAGAAGGAAUUGUCACAGCCACAGGAUACGCAGCUAUUUACAGUAUCAUUGUCACCAUCUUCACUGUUGAUGACAACAAGAGGAAAAGACUCUAAACUCUUACGGCGUCUGAGACAUCGCGAAGUCGUAAAGCGAGCGUAUCAUCGCAAGAAGGCUGCACUCAAGAACUUACGUGAUACCGUGAAGGAAUUGGAAGAGAAGAUAGAAAAGCUCUCAUUAUUCAAGCACAAAGAUGUGACGUUGAUGCAGAAGUGUCAAGCCAUAGAUCAGAUCCAGCGACGAUAUGAGCUACUGACCACUGAGCAGGAGGAGCUGGGCACGGAAGCAGCGAGACUGAUGCUUGUACUGAAUUAUAGACAUCAAGUUGCUACCGAGAUGGUGACGUUGGUCAAGAGAUCCGUGUCCAUUUCAUCGGACGACUUGUAUCAUCCAGACACGGACUCAGACACGGCGAUGAUGUUGUCUACCACCUCGGUAGACGUAGCGUCGUCGUGUCGGAUGCAUUUUGAUGUAAACACACCCAUGGUCAUGCCCGAAGUGGUGGAAUGUGUCCCCAUUUCGACCCACCGAUGGCUGUAG